AUGAAAAAGGAUUUACUAGCUCGAGAAAUAGUUUUAGAUGAAAAAUCAUUAGAAAAGAUAAGAGAUAAAUGGUACAUAAAAUUAUUCGAUAUAAGAAUACCGGAAAUGCAAGAUAAUUUAAGGCACAUUCUCCACUACAUGGAAAAAUUAAUAGAAACUCACAAUUUUAGAAAAUUAUUAUUCGAAGAGGAAAGAAGUACAUUUGAUGAAAUGUACGUUAAUCAAGCUCAAAGUCAAAGUAUUUAUUUGAAGAGGAUGGAAGAUUUGCAUAAGAGUUUUUUAGAAAGCGUAGAUGAGAAAAAAAAAAAUUCCACCGAAGAAUUUACUCAAAUCGAUAACGAAGAAUCAAUUAUAUGUGAAAAUAUGAAAUCUAUGCUUUUUUUAAUGGAACAAAAUAAAAAUCAAAAAGAAGAUCAAAUGAAUUGUGAAAUGUUUUUAAAAAUCGAUGAUGAAAAGAGUAAAAACACUGAAAGACUUGAAAAUUUACGAGGGACGAUGGAAAAAAGAAUGGAAAAAAAAUGGGAAGAUAUUGGUAACACGAUAAGAAAUUAUAAUUUAUUAACGCAAAAAAGGAGAAAAGAAUAUACUGUAUUAAAAACUAAAGAUGAUGCGGAUUCAAAAAUAAUUACAGAACAAACUAAAAAAAUACAAAAAAUGUCUGAAUUAAAAGAAAUUCGAAUUAAAGGAGAAAGAAUUUUAACUUUAUUUAGAAUAUGUAGAAAAUUUGAAACGGAAAUAGAAAAAAUAAGACCGGUUGGUGAUACUCUUCAUUUAUUAAAAACAACCGAAAUGCAAGAUAAAAGAAAAACUCAUCUAGAAGAAAAAAAUAUCGAUCAAACUGGGAAUUAUAUUGAAAGAUUUUGA